AUGGCGAAGGAAUUAGUGGGUGAAGAGGGUUCUGUUCAUGAGCAGCAUCAUGGAAAGGACUUCGUAGACCCACCGCCGCCUCCAUUAACUCUAAUUGCAGAGUUCGCGGCCACGCUUCUCUUCCUUUAUGUCUCUGUGGCAACUGUGAUUGGGCGUAAGAGCCAAACUCACUCUUGUGCUGGUGUUGGCUUUCUCGGCGUUGCUUGGGCCUUUGGUGGAAUGAUUUUUAUCCUUGUUUAUUGCUCUGCUGGGAUUUCUGGAGGCCACAUUAAUCCGGCGAUGACGCUGGGGCGGUUUGUGGCGAGGAAGUUAUCGCUGGUAAGAGCAGUGGCCUACAUAGUGUCACAAUCCCUGGUAACUAUUUCUGGCGCGGGCUCAGUGAAGGCAGUGAUGAAGGAUUACUACAAUUCUUUGGGGGUUGCUGCCAACUCUGUUGCUUCUGGUUACUCAAAAGCCCCUGCCUUGGGAGCUGAGAUCAUCGGCACUUUCGAUCUUGUCUACAUCGUAUUCUACCGACCCUAA